CCGCCACGUCACAGGCAAAAAGGUCAUAACUAGUGUGGUGCCACAAGAAUUGAAUAAUCGUAUUUGACUGUAACUUAAAGGGGAAGCGCCUGGAUCUGAAUUUUGGAAGCGUGCCAUCAUCCAUUUUCAUUGGCGGAGAAGAUCGCCUUCAAGGCUUCAAGGCGCGAAUAGGAUAGAAGAAAGUUUCCCAGAGAAGUUCGUUUUUUGUCAUAGUUCACGUUAACUUUUCCUCCGGCGCUGUGUUCCCUCCCCUAACUACCCGAAUACCCGGAGUUAGGCACUGAUGAAUGGAGGCGCUGGCUGGGAGCUUAACUAACCUGGAUAUAAUACCAGUGAGGCAACCGGCAGACACAAACAAACAACAGUUGCAGAGCCCAGGGAUAUGCGACAACUCAGAUGUUGCGACUGACUACUAUUUCUUUGGAUCUCUCUCAAGAUCUCGCUCUCCGGUGUUUUUUUUUGAUACCAAAAAUGGCUCUGUGUUUGUCUCCGAGAGAUCGGCUGACUAAGGGACCGUGUGGCUUGACCGGCUUGGUGAUGACAUAAUCAUGGCUGGUGGCCGCAUCUUCUAAAUUCUAAUUUCCCAGGCCGCGAUCUGUGGCUGAACCCCCGGAACGGAAAUGCAGACAUCAAAAAAAAAAUAUCCAGGACACUCGCUAUCGCAACCAACCGUGAUAUCAGUUCCGAUUAUCGUUCUUUUCACGCGUCUGGGAUCCAGUCGACUGGGCUGUUCGUGACCUUUGAACUUUGGAAACUUGAAUGGCGAAUGACUGCAGCACUCAUUUGCUUUGUCGCUACCACCCUUUAGAUGACGUUGAUUGUUUACACGCUGCAGAACCAAACAAAGCGCGCCAUAUUGCCGGGCUGACCCUCUCCCCGCACUCCUUUGAGCGUCCAGGCCUGCGCGAAUUCUCGUCCCCCGCCCCCCAGUAACCCAUAUGACCCUGUUCUGUUGUCGCCAUCCCUCCGCGAACCCGUUCGUGCCCCGUUUCCCUUGGUAUCGACCGCCGGUUACCUCCUGGAGUGCUUGACUGAUUUUGAGGCAUCGAUAUUAGGAUUGGAGGAGGCGAAGAGAAGAGGAACUGAGUGCAUGGGGCACGGGUGAAGAUGGCACCAGGCGGAGGAGGAAAUAUUAAGGUGGUGGUGAGAGUGCGGCCCUUCAAUGGCCGAGAACUCGACCGGAAAGCAAAAUGUAUCGUUCAAAUGAAAGGCUCGCAGACCGUGCUCACACCACCUCCCGGAGCAGAAGAAAAAUCACGGAAAGGAGGGAAGCAAGGCGGGGGAAGCGUCGAAGGCCCGAAAGUAUUCGCGUUCGAUAAAUCUUACUGGUCUUUUAACCGCAACGACCCUCAUUAUGCCGGCCAGGAUAACCUUUUCGAGGAUCUGGGCGCACCAUUGCUGGACAAUGCAUUUCAAGGAUAUAAUAAUUGUAUUUUUGCCUACGGCCAGACUGGCUCUGGUAAGUCGUAUUCCAUGAUGGGAUAUGGCGAGGAAGCUGGCGUUAUCCCGAAGAUUUGCAAGGACAUGUUCCUAAGGAUCGCCGCGCUGCAAUCUGCGGACAAAAAUCUAACGUGUACGGUGGAGGUGUCGUAUUUGGAGAUUUAUAAUGAGAGAGUACGGGAUUUGCUCAAUCCGACAACCAAGGGUAAUCUUAAAGUUCGAGAACAUCCUUCAACUGGGCCCUAUGUUGAAGAUUUGGCGAAGCUGGUAGUGCGGUCCUUCCAGGAAAUCGAGAAUCUGAUGGACGAAGGUAACAAGGCGCGAACGGUCGCGGCAACAAACAUGAACGAAACCUCCAGUCGAUCGCACGCUGUCUUUACCCUUACGGUGACGCAAAAGCGACACGAUACGGAGACCACCAUGGAUACCGAAAAAGUCUCUCGCAUUAGCUUGGUCGAUUUAGCUGGUUCAGAGAGAGCUACUUCAACAGGCGCAACUGGCGCGCGGCUCAAGGAGGGUGCCGAGAUCAAUCGUUCGCUCUCUACACUUGGUCGUGUCAUUGCGGCUCUGGCAGAUUUAUCUGCCGGGAAAAAGAAAAACGCCUCAAUGGUACCAUACCGUGACUCCGUUUUGACUUGGCUUUUGAAGGACUCUCUGGGCGGUAACUCGAUGACUGCUAUGAUCGCAGCUAUCUCACCAGCCGACAUAAAUUACGAUGAGACACUAAGUACGCUGCGCUAUGCGGAUUCCGCCAAGAGGAUCAAGAAUCAUGCUGUUGUUAAUGAGGAUCCUAACGCUAGGAUGAUCCGAGAACUCAAGGAGGAACUGGCGCAGCUUAGGAGUAAGCUUGGUGGAGGAGCUGUUGCCGGAGGGGGCGCUCCUGGCGGGGGCCUCGCUGAAGAAGUUUAUCCUCCUGGCACUCCGCUUGAGCAACAGAUGGUAUCUAUUGCGCAGGCCGAUGGGACGAUUAAAAAGGUCAGCAAGGCAGAGAUCGUGGAGCAACUGAACCAGAGCGAAAAGCUUUACAAGGAUCUCAACCAGACUUGGGAAGAGAAGCUGCAGAAGACCGAGGAAAUUCAUAAAGAACGUGAAGCGGCGCUGGAGGAAUUGGGUAUCAGUAUCGAGAAAGGCUUCGUCGGGCUCAGCACCCCUAAAAAGAUACCACAUCUUGUCAACCUCAGCGAUGACCCUUUGCUUGCUGAAUGUUUGGUUUACAACAUUAAGCCGGGCACAACCACCGUCGGGAACGUGGAUACGGCGGCAACCUCGGAAAUCCGAUUGAAUGGUUCAAAAAUACUUCAUCAACACUGUAGCUUCGAGAAUGUCGAUAACGUUGUCACCAUCGUACCUAAUGAGGGCGCGGCGGUUAUGGUCAACGGAUUGCGUAUCGAUAAACCCAAACGACUACGAAGUGGGUUUCGUAUUAUCCUGGGUGACUUUCACAUCUUCCGGUUCAAUCAUCCCCAAGAGGCGCGUGCUGAACGAGUGGAACAGAGCCUUCUUCGACACUCCAUCAUAACAAGCCAGCUUGGAUCCCCGGCACCAGGAAAAACGGGGCAUGACCGAUCCAUGAGCAAGGCAGGCUCAGAAGUCGAUGGGGAUUCUAGUAGAGCUGAAUCUCCCCUGCCAUCGCAAAGGGGUCGAGACUCUGAUUGGUUUUAUGCUAGAAGGGAAGCCGCAAGUGCGAUCUUAGGGCCUGACCAGAAAAUUUCACAUCUCACGGACGAUGAACUAGAUGCAUUAUUUGAUGAUGUCCAGAAGGCCCGAGCAGUGAGGCGGGGCCGCCCAGAGAGCAAAUUGAUCGACGGAGAGGACGAUUCAGAUUCGCUUAGCUCUUAUCCGGUACGGGAGAAGUACAUGUCAAAUGGAACUAUUGACAAUUUUUCUCUUGAUACAGCGCUUACCAUGCCGGGAACGCCGUGCCAAGGCGACGAUGAAGACGGGGAGGUGGAUAAUACCGCGCUACAAAUGGUUCGUGACGACAUGCAACGGCAGCUUAACAGGCAGCAGGAAGAAUAUAAAGGCAAAAUUGCAGCAGCGGCAGCUGGAACAGCGUCGCCAGAUUUAAAAGAGCUACGUUUAGAAAAAGCACGAAUGGAGGAUGCGCUCAAGGCUGCGAAGGAGGAGUUUCAGCAACAAUUGCAAAAACAAAAGGAAGAUUUUGAAUCGCAAAUAAAGCACAUGGGGUAUACAGGUCCCCAGAGGAUAUUUGAAAACGGAUUCACACAGUUGGAACCUGGAGAGAUCCCAAUAGCCAGGUCUGUUGUUCUGCACUGGCAACAGCGAAAUUAUGUUCGGAUGGCCGAAUCGGUUCUUCAGCAUGCAUCGCUACUCAAGGAAGCGCAGAUCAUGAGCCAGAUAAUGGAUAAGCAUGUCGUUUUCCAAUUCGUUAUUGUCGAUGUUGGACAUAACAUGGCUUCCUCCUACGAUUUAGUGUUGAACGGCAUUUCGGGCGAUGACGACGUGGCUCUAGAGGAUGCGAAGAAACCGUGCAUCGGGGUUCGGGUGAUUGAUUUCAAGCACAAUGUUAUCUACAUCUGGUCAAUAGACAAACUACAACGCCGUGUUCAAUCCAUGCGACAGAUGCACCAGUAUAUCGAUCGGCCGGAUUAUAUUCAACACUUCAAGCUCGAAAAUCCCUUCUCGGAAACAUGCACUCCGCAGUACUCGUUAGUGGGUGAUGCGGAUAUCCCACUGACGGCGGUGUUCGAGUCGAGAGUGCAGGAUUUCUCCAUCGAAGCCAUUUCACCGUAUACCCAAAGCGUUGUCGGGAUCAUUAAACUAUCUCUCGAACCAUCUUCUGCACAAGCCCCUUCAUCAACUCUCAAGUUCAACGUGGUUAUGCGGGAUAUGGUGGGAUUUGCGGAACGUGAGGGGACUGACGUGCAUGCCCAGCUCUUUGUACCCGGUGUUUCGGACGAGGGCGGCGCUACAACCACACAGAUGAUUAGUGGUUUUGAUGAAAACUCAAUUAGAUUUGAGAGCGUUCAUAGCAUGAGCCUUCCCCUCAACAGCGCUAGGAACUCGACCUUGAAAGUGUGCAUUUUCGCCUCGGUGACGGCAAUGCAUCUGGACAAAUUGCUCAGUUGGGAUGAAAUGCGCGACUCGCCCGAGGCUCCGCCUCAAAAGAGAAAGACGCCGCGGAUUCCCGAGUCUGAAUUUUACCAGGAAGAGCGGCAUGAUGUCUUUGUGCGGGUACAAAUUCUUGAGCUUGCUGAGAAUGGGGAAUACAUGCCUGUCGAGGUGGUGCAGAGCAAUAGCCUUGAUGUUGGCACCUAUCAACUUCAUCAAGGCUUACAGCGACGCAUCGUGGUCAAUCUCACUCAUAGUUCGACGGAAAGCCUGCCAUGGGAAGAUAUCACUGCUUUGAGAGUCGGGACGGUGCGGCUCCUUGACCCAUGGGGGAAGAUUCCUGAUGUGGACCUAAAAUCUUCAGAUGUUCCUCUCAAACUUAUACAAGAGCCGAUGGUGACUGACAACGCUGAUGGGACAUCCAACGUAACUCUUGUCGGGCAAUGGGAUUCGAGUCUUCAUGGGUCGUUAUUACUCGACCGGACAACGGCGGACAAGUAUCGCGUCCAAAUAUCCCUUCGCUGGAAUCUGAUAUCACCACGUCUUCAGGAGCCUAUCGUAUUCGAGCUCGACCAAACUCUACAGAUACUAGGCAGGGCGUAUAUACGACCGCAGUCGAUGUUUAAACAGUUCUGGAGCUCCAUCCGCGUUGUGCACUCGACUGUGGGGAUGUUCUCCGUAGCUGUCCGGCCCAUAUCCGCGAAACGAGCGGCGGACCUGUGGCGUAUGAACACCCAGAAUGAUUACGUCAAGGGUGAAGAGCUACUGACGGGAUGGGCCCCGCGGAAGAUAUCCCUUAUCCGCGACUUCAUUGGUGCUCGAAAGCGGCGACAACGCCUUGCCGAAAUAGACGCCGCUCGUGGAGCAUUGAGUACUCGUACCUUAACCCCGUUGCCGACAAACGGUCGAUCUACUCCGCUCCAGGGCCAAGACGGGAGUGAGCGACGAGAUAUACUGCUUCGGAAAUACCUAGAUCUAUGGUCGACUAAACCGGACCCAACUGAAAUCAUACUUGUCAAAGAUCACACCGAACCGCCUAGUCGUGGUGCUGCCUUCGCAAGAAACCCUUCCUCCGCAACAAGCCCGGCCACAACCAGUGGCGAUUGCUCCCCCAUCCCCUCCGAACAGGCACCGCUGCCCCAACCGCCGCCAGAGCAACAACAGCAGCAACAGCGACAACAUCAACAACAACCCUCAAAGCCUCGUUUCGUUGCCACAAUCCAACACAUGCCGAAAAAUCCCACCGUCCUCAAGUCCGGCUACCUGUACACGCCCGAUGACACAAAUAACCUCUGGGUGCGCCGUUUUGUAGAGCUCCGCCUCCCCUAUCUUCACAUCCACUCCGUGCCCGACGGCGACGAAAUAAACGCCAUCAAUCUACGCAACUCGCGCGUCGACCAUGAGCCGGAUUUUGCUCGACUGCUGGACGGCGGCGGCGGCGGAACUAGCCAGAACGGCGACGGCUUGUCGAUGAGAGGACGCCCGAAUCUGUUUGCCGUUUACGGGACGCAGAAUACGUUCCUGUUUGCGGCAAGGACGGAGGCGCAGAAAGUCGAGUGGAUUUUGAAAAUUGACCAGGGAUAUUUUAGCACGCAGGCUAAUGGUAACGGGGGUGGCAGUGGUGGCAGAUGAUGAGAGCUUUGUAUCGGGCUUCUUUGUCCUCGGUGAUUUGAUUGGUUAGGAAGAGUUUUUGGCAAGAGUUGGAGAAGAGUAAGAUAUACAUAUAUAUAUUCCCAUUUGUUCAGUAUUUUAAUUUUUUGGAUUUACUCUUUGAUUCCGCUUCUGUUGCAUUUGUCCUGUAUAAGAUCUCAUUUUUCCCCCCCUCUAUCUACCCUCUGCCCAUUUUACGGUUUCAGCCCUGACGCCUUAAUGCUUUCAACUGAUACAUUGCUGCGAGAGUGGGUAUAUGACCAGUACCUUCUAUUGUUGCUUUCUCCCUUCGUAUUUGUUCUCUCUAUUCCCGCGUCUUUCCAUACUCACUCACUUCAACUAUUUCCUUGAACGUGAUUUUGAACGCCCUAGGGUAUGACCACCUCAUUCCUAUUUGCACCUCAUCAGUCUUUCUCUCUCUCUCUCUCUCUUAUUUUCAUAUUUAUUCAUGACAACUAGCGCAUAAGCGCAGACGAAAAUUUGUUUCCCAUCAUCCCCUUCGUUUGCCCCCUUUUUUAAUCAUUUUUUUCUUUGAGUGCUCAUUUCUUUUUAUAAUUUACAAGAUACCCCCCGCAGACUAGAACCAGACGGAGACUUGAAUAUAUAUAUAUAUAUAAGUUUUGUUUUAGUAUACCACCCCAUAUUUUGUGCUCAGUUUUGUCUCCCUCUUUUCGUUUUUAUUUUCCCUGCUGCUCGCUCUUCUACUCCCGCGUUUUCUUCCCGUCUAUCAGUGCUCUGCUGUGCCAUUUCCACUUUUGAUCUAGUCGCGCAAGAUAAAUUUUAUUCUGUAUCGCUGUAUAUAAAGAUAUAAAAAUAAAAAUAUACAUAUAUCUGAGGCUCAGGAUUUGGGAAUAUUCACUAGAUCAAUUAAAUUCAGAGGUCUCUCGAUGAUUCUACUCAGCAAGCCAGCCAGCAGCCCCCAAGACGGACAACAAUCUAUAGGACUGGAUGUCUCAACUAGACUCCUUGGAUUUCACCAACGUCAGGCAAACCCUUCUCUUUUUAAGGUUAUAUAUUGCAUUGCGUCUUCCUUCAACCUUAGACAGCGAGCAUCUGCAGUUCUGUGCGCUCUCCCCUUUCUGCCCCGCGAAAUAAACCACUCAAGUACGCAAGUAGAACAAAAUAGGUGAACAAAGCGAAAGACAUUCAUUCCCCUCUUCAAUUUCCCGCCGGACUGGGAGGCUACUGCAGGUAAUAACUACUAACGACUGAAUUGGGCGGAUUUUCUUCGUUGGUUUGUUUUGAGUUCGUUCGACGUGUCAGCAUCGUUGCACCCUUGAGGCGGGCCCCGGUCUGGUCUUGGUCUUUGUGAAGUCUUCUUAUGCUUUGCUGCCCAAGCCGAGGAAUUUUGUUUUCGUUUCUCCUGUGCGAUUUUGCUUUCUUGUUGUGUUUGUUUCUCUUUGUGUCAUGGACUGGUUUUUUUAUUUUUAUUUUUAUUUUUAUUCUUUGGUUCG